AUGGACUCUCAUGUUUCUCCUGUUCUUACUGAUCCUGUACCUGUAAACAAGUCAAGACUAGGAAUCCAUUCUAGUCUUCUAACUUAUUCCCAGCCAGAUUCACCACAUUCCUCAGGCAAGUAUUCAAGAACUGGGUCAAGAAAAAGUGCAGCGAAUCUUGAUGAUGUUCGGUCCAAUGAUUGGUUGGAUGCAAUGAAGGCUUCUUCACCUCCAAGGAAGAAGUUACUUAAAGGUUCCAUUGCUCAGGUUGCUUCAAUUGACAAAGACAUUGAUGACUUUCUCUCAUUCAUGCUUGAUUAUCCUUCAGCACUAGACUCUUUCGAGAAUAUUAUUGACCGUGCAAAGAAUAAGAAGAUUGCAAUGUUUCUAGAUUAUGAUGGCACUCUUUCGCCAAUAGUAGAUGACCCAGACUGUGCCCUUAUGUCUGAAGCUAUGCGUGCCACUGUGAGAAGCAUGGCAAGGUAUUUUCCCACGGCAAUUAUCAGUGGAAGAAGCCGUGACAAGGUUUUUGAUCUAGUUAAACUAACGGAACUCUACUAUGCUGGUAGUCAUGGAAUGGACAUUAUUGGCCCCUUUCGUCAAACUCCCUCCAAUAACCUUCCAAAUUGUGUCAAAUCUACUGACCAUCAGGGAAAGGAGAUAACUCUCUUUCAACCUGCUAGAGAAUUCCUGCCCAUGAUUGACGAGGUUUUUAGAACCCUCGUCGAGAUUACUGAAGAUAUAAAGGGUGCAAAAGUUGAAAAUCACAAGUUUUGCGUUUCUGUACAUUACCGUAACGUCGAAGAGAAUAAUUGGUCCACAAUUGGACAACGUGUCCAUGAUGUGUUGAAAAAUUACCCUCGUUUACGUUCCACCCACGGACGGAAGGUUUUAGAGGUCCGUCCUGUGAUUGACUGGAACAAAGGAAAAGCGGUUGAAUUUUUACUUGAAUCUCUAGGGUUAAAUGAUUGGGAUGAUGUGCUUCCCAUCUACAUUGGAGAUGAUAAAACCGAUGAAGAUGCUUUCAAGGUUCUGCACGAGGGCAAUCGAGGUUGUGGGAUUUUGGUUUCAUCAACGAAGAAAGAAAGCAACGCUUUCUACUCUCUCCGAGACCCGACUGAGGUCAUGAAAUUUCUCCAGCUUCUGGUGAAUUGGAAGAGGCAAGAAGAAAGGAAACAUGGAGAGAAGUAA